CUCAUGGCCCAGCCCCUCCUCUCCACGCCUCUCCACCCUCACUACCCCGCCGCCGCCGCCGCCACGGCCCUCCCCCAAGCCAACUUCAACAAGCUCAUCUCCACCGCCACCUCUCUCCCCCACCUCAAACAAAUCCAUGCUCACCUCCUCAGGAAUCCACACCACGGGCACCACCACCAUCACCUCUUCAACCUCAUCCUCUGUUCCCUCUCCUACCCUUCAUACGCUUUGUCACUCCUUUCCUCUAUCCCCGCCCAACGCCAACCACCGCCCCAACUCUCGAGCAAGCUCCUCAAACACCUCUCCCGCUCGAACAAUGCCGAUGAGACGCUCAUCUUUUUCCAAACAAUGCAGAAAAAAGCUUUCCCCAUUGACAGGUUCAGCUUUCCGCUGUUACUGAAGGCGGCGUCAAAAGCUAUGGCGCUCAGUGAAGGGAAAAUGAUUCAUGGGUUAGCCGCGAAACUUGGGUUCGACUCCGACCCUUUUGUGGAAACAGCGUUAGUGGGGAUGUACGCUGCUUGUGGGCUCAUUUCGGAGGCCCGUCUUGUGUUUGAUAAAAUGUCGUAUAAAGAUGUUGUCUCUUGGACUAUUAUGAUAGACGGGUAUUGCCAAAGCCAGCUUUUUGAUGAUGUACUGGCCUUGCUGGAAGAGAUGAAGGGCUCAAAAGUGGAACCAGAUGAGAGAAUUUUUACCACCAUUCUUUCUGCAUGCAGCCGUUUUGGAAAUUUGGAUGUUGGAAAACUAGUGCAUGGGUUCAUAUCCGAUAAUAACAUUGUGAUUGACUCUCAUUUACAGAGUGUACUUGUGAACAUGUAUGCAAGUUCAGGCGCCAUGGACAUGGCACAAAGUUUGUAUGAUAAGUUGAAGCCAACUAAUGUUGUGGCCUCAACUGCCAUGAUCUCUGGGUACUCAAAAGUUGGCAAUGUUGAAGCUGCUCGAUUAGUGUUUGAUGAAAUGGUUGAUAAGGAUUUGGUGUGUUGGAGUGCAAUGAUUUCUGGUUAUGCUGAUAGUGAUAAGCCUCAAGAAGCUCUUAAGAUAUUUCAUGAAAUGCUGCGACAUGGAAUUAAACCUGACCAAGUUACCAUUUUAAGUGUUAUCUCAGCAUGUGCACAUCUUGGUGCAUUGGAUCAAGCCAAAAAGAUCCAUCUAUAUGUGACUGACAAUGGAUUUGGGAAAGCUCUGCCUAUAAAUAAUGCCCUCAUCGAUAUGUAUGCCAAAUGUGGAAGUCUUGAGGAAGCAAAAGAAGUUUUUGGUCGGAUGCAUAGGAAAAAUGUCAUAUCUUGGACCAGCAUGAUCAGUGCAUUUGCUAUCCAUGGAGAUGUGGAUAAUUCCCUGAAACAUUUUCAACAGAUGAAACUUGAAAAUGUGGAACCCAACUGGAUUACAUUUGUGGGUGUUCUUUAUGCUUGUAGCCAUGCAGGAUUAGUUGAAGAGGGACAAAAAGCAUUUGAAAAAAUGGUAAACGAAUAUGGAAUUACACCCAGAUUAGAACAUUAUGGAUGCAUGGUAGAUUUGUAUGGUCGAGCUAAUCACCUUGCAGAUGCCCUGGAACUUGUUGAGAGUAUGCCAAUGGCCCCAAAUGUUGUCAUCUGGGGAUCCCUGAUGGCUGCCUGCCGGAUCCAUGGUGAGUUUGAAUUAGGAGAAUUUGCUGCAAAACGUCUUCUCGAGUUAGAUCCUGACCACGAUGGGGCCCAUAUCUUCUUAUCAAACAUCUAUGCGAAAGAGAAAAGGUGGGAAAAUGUUGGAGCGGUGAGACAAUUCAUGAGACAUAAAGGCAUAUCAAAGCAACAAGGACGCAGUAUGAUUGAAAUGGAUAAUGAGAUACAUGAGUUUUUGACCGCAGAUAAAAAACAUAAACAAACAGAUGAAAUUUAUGUGAAGUUAGAUGAGGUUGUUGACAAGCUGAAACAAGCAGGCUACACUCCAAAUACCAGCAGUGUUUUGGUAGACUUAGAUGAAGAUGAAAAGAAAGAGGUUGUACUUUGGCACAGCGAGAAAUUAGCUCUGUGUUACGGACUAAUAAGCAGGGAAAAACAAUCCUGCAUCCGUAUAAUCAAGAACCUCAGAAUCUGUGAGGACUGCCACAACUUUAUGAAGAAGGCAUCAAAGGUGUUCAAUGUGGAAAUCAUCGUAAGAGAUAGAACUAGAUUUCACCAUUGUAGAGAUGGUUCGUGUUCUUGCAAGGACUACUGGUGAGAAUCAAGUAAAAUUGUUCCAUAACAUUGAGAUAAAACAGUGAAUAUAUGUAUAUAAAUCUUGGAUUCUAUCCA